CCGGCCGUCAGCUGUUUGUCAGAUACCUGCUUGCAAGCCGAGGUAUUAAUAAACAACUCUCCGUGGAGCAUUGACAUUUUCGAUUUAGUUGGUUAAUAGUAAAGUUUUCACUCGUUAAAAAUGUCGCAUAAUCCUCUCGAUAAGAUCCAGGCAUUAGAUGCCAUUGAAAAGGAAAUAAUCAUGUGUUUGCAAAGUGCAGGCCAGGCCCUCACCGAGCUAGCUAAAGAGAAAUCAAGUCAGAAAACAGCGGAAAACCACACACAACAGUUCCUCAAAUCUUUGUCGAAUGUCGAGCAAAAGCUCAGCGAGCAAAUCAGCUACUUAACAAAAGUCUCGACUGGUCAACCUCACGAGGGAUCCGGCUACGCAGCGGCGAAAGUUUUGCAAAUGGCUUGGCAUCGCAUCCACCAUGUUCGUUCGCGGGUUCGUGAGCUGGAGGAGUGCAAGACAAAAUAUUCGCAAGCCGCCGUUGUCCGGCAGCAGCAGCAGCAGAUGAAUCGCGUCCAGGAAUUGCAAAAUGCCGUCCAGGACCGCUGAGGAUAAUUUGCUAAUAUUUAUAUGUAGAUGUAAAGUGUGAAUGGUAUUUCUGUUUUUCUAUAAUUAUAAAAUAAAGAACGUUUGCUAUGAAA